AUAAGGCUUAAGAUUGGCCCACCAUUCGACCCCCCCAAAACCAGAAGCUUAAAGAUACAAGCAUUUGUUGUCCCAUAUUCCGACGUCCGUGAUAGCACAACAACUAUAACCUUCUAGACUCCUAUCUCUCCUAGCACAACAGAGCUAAACUCCCAAUGCAAGAAACAUGCGAAGCAGCAGCGAAGCACAUGGUAUGCACACUCUGGGUCUCAUCUCCCUCUCUUGUUAAACUCAAAAUGCACAUCAAGAUUUAUACUUUCGAUAACCUGCAGCCUGAAACACAACAAGACGCAGCCGAGGGGCCCGUCUGCGCAAAUAUCUCCGUCUUCUGCGCGCCUUACCGCUGGACCCGCUGGGCUUCUCUCAUCUGGGCAUGGACGGAGUGUGGCGAAACUGGGGUCAGGAUCGCAACGUGGUCAGCUAUCGUGCUCUCAGCCCCGAGGAGAUUUCUGAGGUGCUUGGAAUUUUCCCUGGCUGGAUGCGGGAAAAGUUCGAGCAGGGGCUGGAGGGGGUGGAUGGGAGGGAUGUGACGGAUAUCGAGCAGCUUUUGCAUCCUAGGGAGGAGCUCUUGCCGAAAUUUGAAGAUGAUGCGGGGUUGUAGUCAAUCGCUGUUGGAGAAAAGAAAAAUUUCUUUUCUUUUUCUCUCUUCUUUUUUUUCUUCUUCUCUUUUUUUUUACGCGCACUUCUUGAGGUAAUUUUGAGUUUUCUGUUAGCUGCCUACUUAUUGUCUGCUCCCUCUCAAGGUAGUGGGUUUGGUCUGUUCUCGAAGACAGGCGGGUUCUUGCGGAUCGUCACCCCAAGAGCCGACCUGUCGGACAUGGGGAAACUGUCAGAUAAGCACCAUUUAUCGGUCGGUACCCAAAACACCCCUUUCUCCGACGUGUAAAAAGGAACAUAAUGUUGG